AUGCAUACUAAACAUUCGCACGGCCAUCUCUCGGAUAGCAACCACUUCAGCUCUGUUGCAAAAAGCGGCCGUGCGGAGUUUCGUGCAGAGGCUCGCGGUGAGCGCGUCCCCAGCCGACGCGACCACUCCGUGGCCCGGAUGCACGCCCGGCCGGCCGCGCGGGUGGCGCUGGUGGGGCUGGCGCUGGCGCUGGCGGGUGGCGCGGCCGCGCAGCCGCCCCCGGGCCUGGGCCCCGACGUCCUGGGCCUGCUCGCAGGCCUGCGCCCGGCCAAGGCGGAAGAUCGCGUGCGCAGGUGGGGGUACCCGUUCGAGACGCACACUGUGCGAACAGAGGACGGCUUCCUGCUCACGGCGCACCGCAUCCCCAGAGGGCGGGGAGGAGGGGCAGGAGGAGAGGGCGGCGAAACGAACGCCGUGGGCGAUGGAGUGUCGGGGACAGGCGCUCGCCCGCCCGUGAUCCUGCAGCACGGCAUGAUGGCCUGCUCCGAGUACUUCGUGCUGGGCGGUCCCGACAUGGCACCAGGGGAGUUCCGGCAGAUGGACCACGGCGCGAAGGAGAACCUCCGGCGCUACGGGUCUCUGCGGCCGCCCGCCUACCCGCUGGCCAACGUGACGGCGCCCGUGCUGAUCUUCGCUACUGCCGGCGAUGCCAUCGUCACACUUGAGGCUGUGGACCGUCUUGUCAAGAUCCUUCCGAACGUCGUGGAAACGAAGGUGAUCCGAGAGAAGUUCUUCAACCACAUGGACUUCGCGUACCACCAGCGACUCAACGAGCUCGUCACGGAGCCCGCUCUGGAGGUGAUGGCGCGGUUUUAG